UGCUCACCAUCUGCUGUGCCGCUCUUCUCUUCAAUCGACUACCCUCAGUCAUCGAUCCUCUCCGCUUCUCCACUUCUCCACUGCUCCACUGCUCCAGUCUCUCCUCCUGGCACACCCCCGCAUUCCUCAGAAAAAUACAUCCAUAUUCAUCUCACACACCCACACAUACUUUUAAAUCAACCAACCAUGGCCAGCUGGGAUCAGAUUCGCAGCGAAGUGCGCUCCUUCCGGGCAUCAGUUCAGCCCACGGUAACGACUAUCCGGGAUUUUACCUUCGACUCGGAGAGGGAUCGCAUUUACUUUCUCGCCAACGACCUCUCGCGCUCCUCAAAGUCGCCUAUGCUCUUUAGGGUCGACCUUCCUCGACCGUAUGAGGCAUCGUUUUCCUCUGUUCCUUCCUCCUAUUGCUCUGACUCUGACACGGACACAAACACAGGCGCAUACAUUGAAGCAGCAGAUACAAAUGCAGAUCCUGUGAUCUCACAGCAACAUAGCGCUGACAGGCACCAUCCACGCCACCACCGAAGCAGUUCAGUCCAGGAGGAGGACAACAUCAAUAAUGGCAGCGAUGGCGACGAGGAUUAUGACAUGGAUCUGGUUCCUUUCAACCCAGAGUCGUACCAGUUCUUUGCUUCACCGGCACCGCCUAUUCAGAUCAUCCCCAACCCAAGAGAAUCAGUUGCUGGUGCUGGUGCCACUUUGAAUUCCGCCAGCUCUUUCUCUUCCUCAGCCGACAGAUACCCACAUCAUGCCUACACGACCAAGCCAUCUACCUCGGCCACGGCCCAGAUCUUGGCAGCAGCACCAGUGUUGAGCUGGACACCUGUUCUGACGGAGGAAUGGCUCCGGCACUGCAGCAACCACCUGGGCCACUCUCAGAGCGAUCGCCUCACCUUCUAUCAAUUUGAGCCGCAGGUGAAUCGUCUCAUGUUUCCUUACGGCGCAGUCAUCUACACUGGGGAUGUGCAGGAGGACGGUAAAGUUUAUCCUCAACCUGCGCGGACAGAAUACUCGGGAGCAGAAUCAAAUCGCAAUCGAACGUACUCCAGUCUCGUCCAAAAUGCCCUGACAGCCGGACUGAACCUCGUUUCCGUCUCCGGACCAUUGGCAUCGCCUCGUGCAUCAGUCUCAGGAUCAGAAGCCUCCAAUCUGGACAAGGGCGCAGGAUCGACAGGCGCAAAAGCGGAUCCAAGGCUAGGCGGAUCAGAGAUGGAUCUCAUUGCGUUUACACGCGACCAGGAUAUAUGGGUCAUGACAACUUCCGGAGUCGAGACACAACUCACAUUCUGCUCCAGGAAUAAGAAGAAAUCAGGUAUCAGCUGCGGGAUCGCCGAGUUUGUCAUGCAGGAGGAAUUCCAUCGGUUCACAAAUUACUAUUGGGCCCCAUCGAAGCCUUCAAAGCCGCAGCCAGCGCCCGUACACAAAAUGCCCCCGCCGCCAUCGACAUCGUUAUCACAACAUGAGAGCCCAUCACCAUCACCAUCACCAUCGUGUAGCCCAGCAUCUCCAUCGAUAUCACCGACUUCGUCUCCACUAUCGAUGUCAUCGCCCUUCGUCUCUGAUACACUUCCGGUUCCAGCGACGAGUAAGGUGCACUCAAGGGUAACGGAGAAAAUUUUGUAUCUACAAGUGUCUGAGGCGAUGGUCGAUCUUGUUGUGAUCCCCAGACAGGGUAUGCAUCCGGAAUACGAGGAAUACAGGUACCCACAUGCAGGAACGCCAAACGCCGUCUCGGAUCUGCAGAUCGUUGAGUUUAAUCCAAAACUGUCUGAGGAGGAUGUUACUCUAGAGCCGCUUCACAAGCGAUUGUGGGGUAAGGCGUCGUUGUACAAGCUGUUCCCAUGGCUGGAGUACAUUGUCCGGUUCGGAUGGUUGCCAGACGGGGAGGGCGUAUGGGCCCAACUUUUGGAUCGACGACAGCAGAUUAUGGCCAUUGUUACGAUACCUCUAGAAUGCUUCAUGUCCGUGGCCGAGCAAUCAGGAUCAUCGGAGGAGAUGGAGGACAAUCUUGUCAGUCGCAUCCGAAUUAUCUACGAGGAGCAGAGCGACUACUGGAUCAAUAUCACCGAUAUCAUGUAUAUAUUUUCGCCAGAAGACACUUCAGCGGAUGCCAAUGAGGCAGGUGACACGAUCCAGCUCAUCAUUUCAUCUGAGCAGACAGGAUAUCGGCAUCUCUAUCUGGCUACGUAUUCGCCCUGUUCCGGAUCAAAAGUCAUUCCAAUAACGGCGGGCCAAUAUCAGAUUGUGGACAAGCAGAUCAAUGUGGAUACAUCGCGGCAACUGGUGUAUUUUACUGCCAAACGGGACUCGGUGCUGGAGACCCAUCUCUAUGUCGCCAGCUAUGCGGAAGGCGCUCAGCCAGAGAACGUGAAGCGGCUUACAGAGCUGGGAUUUACCCAUCAAGUCACCGUGGACGUGGGCAAGAGUCGGUUCCUGACAAUGUAUUCGAGUGUGGACCAAAGUCCUGCCUGCGCGGUAAUGCACCUGCGCUGGGUGGAUUGUCGACACGCGAGGUCAUCGGCCAUGUCGAUGGAUAGCGGCGAGCAAGGAAGGGCGUGGUGUGCGUGCGGCUGUCACUUCCCAAAGAUCUCGUCUCAUGCGUUUGUGAUCCGGGAGGGCAUCUACAACCAAGCAGCCAAGAAUAUCCGCCGUUAUCCUAUUGUGAACUCUUCUGCACAUUUGGGACAUUCGCGCUCGUGCUCGGACUCUUCUAUGAACCCUUCGCGGAUGGACUCGGCGUUAAGCGGCUUUAGAUCUGGCUCGAUGAACUCGAUCUCUGGGUUCCUGGCUAGUCAUCUUUUAUCGACCAGCCUACUUCCAAGUUCCAAGGUGUUUAGCCAGAGCCAUGACUCGAGCAUAGUGCUGAGUUCCGGUGCUGGAUCAAGACGGAGAUCAAGCCUCAAAUUCUCUUCGUCUCCCUCGGGCGCAUCGCCGCUCUCAUCCUCGUCAUCGGCCCCCUGCGCCGUCACCAGUGCUACGAAUCAUCCGGCGGCCGAGUUCUUUACGUUCAUGAGCUCUGAUAACGUGCAGUUACAUGGCUGUCUCUACCGUCCUGCGAACUAUGUCGAGGGCCAAAAAUAUCCGACAUUGGUCUCAAUCUAUGGCGGUCCUCGAUCACAAAUGGUGACGAACGAAUACAAGCUGCCCAAGUUUUUGAGGAUCUUUUUGGCGACGAGGCUCGGACACGCAGUAGUGAUGGUUGACGGGCGGGGAAGCAACGAUCGAGGACUGGAAUUUGAGGGACAACUGCGACAUCGCAUGGGCCAGAUCGAGAUCAGGGACCAGGUCGAGGGACUGCAGUUCCUAGCUCGGCCUGAAAAUGGGGGUCUUGUCGAUAUGGAACGCGUCGCGAUCUCCGGCUGGAGCUAUGGUGGAUAUCUCACGCUUAUGGCUUUAGCACAAUACCCGCACAUCUUCAAGCUGGCUAUUGCAGGCGCGCCGGUUACGCAAUGGGAGCUCUAUAACUCUGCGUACACGGAGCGUUACAUGGGUCUAGUUCACGAGAACAAGGAUGGAUAUAUAAAGAGUAAUGUCCUCAACUGGGUCGACAAGUUCCCUGACGCUGAGAACCGGCUGUUAAUCGCACACGGACUGAUUGACGAGAAUGUGCAUUUUAAGAACACGGACACGCUGGCAGCGGAUUUGAUACGGCAUAACAAACCGCACCAGAUCCAGAUCUAUCCCACAGAGCGACAUGGUCUAAGAGAUGCGCGUGUCAACGAACACUUCGAGACGCUCAUGUUUUAUUGGCUAAAGAACUAUCUGUAGAUGCAAAAGCGUUUCGAAUAAAGUGUCAGGAUGCGAUGCAUGGCCAAGCAGAAAAGAAGCUCAUUACGGCGAAGCACGUUCGUUGUGGCCAAG